UCACCACGGAUUUUAUCUUAUAAGUGAUGCUAAUCAAAAUUAAUAAUUACACAUAAUUAUUAAAUUUAUGUGUGUCUAGUCUUUGCAUGGCAAUGCACAGUCCAAGAGCUGAUCUAAAGGAGAUGUGUUGCUAGGCUCCCAAUGAAAAGUGAGGAUGACUGACAAGCAGAAAGUGUGGCAGCCCGACAAGAGCAGAGCUCUAGAUAGCAAGGAACAAGAAAAGGGGCGGGGCUCAUACAAGCAGUCUUCCAACAAACCACCUCUUAAGAAAAGAGAGAGGAAGAUACGAGUAGCUCCGGUGGACAGUGGCUAUUCCACCAUUGAGAGAGGGGGGAGAUGUUCCCUCUUAGACUACACUGCUCCACUCACCAAUGGAGAUCAAGGUUUGAGCUGUUCAGACUUCAGUAGAUGGCAAGACAAAGAGUUGGCUCCAUUGUCUAUUACUAGAAGAGCUAUGCCAGGAGUACGAAACACAAUGCUUAGUCGACUGGAAACCAGAAGUUCUCGACGACAAAGAGAUGCCGGUGUGUGUGAGUACCAACACUUGAUGGAUCCUUGUGAACACAUGGAGCACUAUAGGACACAUUGCUACACCACUCUGACCUGUUCAUCACAAGAGAUCACACCCACAAGGACAGAGCUAGUGAAUCAAGGCCAACAAUCACUACUCAAGCUUGAGGUCAAGUCACUAUAUCGUGGUGAUGGUUUCUUGAGGGAGCUGGCUAGUAGAUUAGGAGUGGAGUCCAUUCAAGAACCUCAGCUACUCAGGCAUACACCACCAUCCAUUGUCAAGAAGCCACGCAAUAAAGCAGACCUUGCUAUUGACCUCAUACCAAAGCCUACAUCUGAUGAGGGGGAAGACGAUCUUUGCACUCCUGGAACAGCCUGGAUGGUGGACAACACAAAGACUCCACCCACUCAUCGCCCACUAGAACUACCCAAGAUCUCAGAAGUGGUCAGUAUAUCUCACAAGACAACAUCAUCCACCAUAUCAAUAAACAAGUACCUUCGAGUUAAUUCUCGAGGAGAUGAGGACAGUAAACCCACCGCGUCCCUAAGCUCUGCUUCUGAUCUCACAACAGAGGUCACAACAGAUGUCACAGAAAGUACACCUAACCAACAAACCCCUGUCCACCAUCAAGACAAACCAUUAGAAAAACAACUCCAAGACAAACCCAAGGUUCAUACAAUCGACAAAGCACACAAAGAAAGACUUAUUUCAUCCACGGCCCAAUCACUUGGUCUGAGCUCUAGACAAUGGACCACCCCUCCAUCCAAUAGGCAGCUGAGUAGAUACCUCAACUACUCCUCAAGACCUGCCACGAGAGAGAGAGGAUUGGACGGUACUAGAAGGCUAGACAGUCGACAAAGUAGACCAUCGACUAAACAAGAGAGUAAUAGAAGACGGGAUAAUAAGAGAAUGAGCACUAGACCUAGCACUAGGCAAGAAGCUUGUCUGCCACUCACGCAAGAACAUAAACUACAACAGAGCUCUGUUAAACUGAAACAAUCUCAAUCCACACGACACAAACAAAAACUGGACCAAUUGAAGUCCAUUUAUUCACAACACUCUUCCACACCAUCACGCCCUCACACACGCCCACCCUCACGCCUUCACACACGCCCACCCACACGAGCAAAGGAAGUGGUAAAACUAGACACACUUGAUGGAAGUUCCUAUUGGAACGAGCUGAGAGUUGAGAGUUUAAACAGAGAGGAGGUUAGUAAGAACGAAACAAAGAAUGAUGGCUUCUCCUCAGUACAGCUGCUGAGUCAGCAAUCCAAGUCACUCUCAGGAAAGAUGCUCAAGAAUCGAACUAAACACUUCCUACAAAUGACAGGUGACAAGUUAACAGCAGGGUCCUCCCCAGUCAAGAUAACACGACAUCUCUCAAGACUCAAACGAAAAUUUGACAGAGUUUUGAACAUUCAUAAACACGAAGUUGUGUCAUGAAUUCAUUUUUCGUGUUAUCGUUUUAUAUUUGCCCCAUGAAUUUUUGUUCAUAAG